UAUGAUUUUAGAAUUUAUUCUCCUAUUAACAGGUGUACAAUCUAUAAUUCUCAAAUUCAAAGUUCCCCCUGGAUAAUAAUAAUGUAUUAAGGAUAAUGUGUCCUAAAAUACACUUAUUUAUGGAAAUUAUGACACAUCAUCCUUACUAUAUACUUUUACAUUAAGUGUAAUUCAUUACAAUUACUAAAUCUUUAGGUUAUAAAUUAAUAAGAAUAAGAGUCAGUAAUUGUCGAACACUCUAACGAUAUAAAUCAAUAAUUUCAUUAUGUAAUGGAGGAAUCAGGAGAAAUUUCAAUGUGUUUUGAAGUUGAUGAUUAUGCUGAUGUUACAACAUUUAAUCUAUUUUAUGAAAGUGGUACUUAAAUUUAAUAAUAAUUAAUUAUAGGAGCUGAAAUUUAUGAUUAGGAUUUGUUAGCUAAAAAAUAACAUGUUCUUAAUUUAAAUGAGACUUUAGAAACGAUGGAAUAAUUAUAAUAAGAUAUAUCUAGAGAAUAAUUAUUGAUUGUUGAUAGAGAAAAUAAUAGAAAACGCAGCUUUACAGAUAUUUAGACAAAAAUUAUUGGAUUUGCAGGCAUAACUUUUGGAUUAUUAAUUAUUGUAGCUGCUUGCUAAGUAAUAUAUGUCAGAAGAUUUGUAGUGUAUAAAAAAUUAGCUUGA